AUGGACGCUAAAGUUUGUGAUGAGUACAUUUCGUACAUCAAAUUCCAAAUUAGUUGGCUCCACUCCUGGCGCGCUGGCGCGCUGAUUGGCCCUGCCCGGACUCAGUAUAGGCCUGAUGAGGGGCCCCCCCCAGGUCGUUUCGGAGGUUUGUCGGCUCGUCCCUUCACCGUUAGAAAAGAGGAAAAAUGUCCUAUCACAGCCGAGUGCUUGACGAAGAAUCUUCCGGCUCUCUUUGGAACGGUCCUGCUUUUUUACUCUCACGCGUGUCGCUCACCUCUGCUCUUGACCGCUACUAUCCGUCGGUCGCGAACCCCACCCCUGGGUACGGGUUGCCUGCAGGACCCUCUCGAUAGCAAGCCCUUCGUAAGCUCCAUGCAAGGAGGGUGGUGCACAUCACAGGAAACAGUUUAG